AUGGGAAGAGUUGUCGCAUUAGCUAUAAGAAAGGCCAAAUACCUGGAACCUGUAGGCUACAUGAGCGGCGGGCUGGGCUGCAGGACUGGAGCAGAAGAGGGCCGUGAUGGCGGGAAGAAGGAAAAAGAGAGGAAUAGAGCACACCCUCUGAGAACUACACCCCUUUUCCACAAUCCCCUCCUCCUGGCAGGACAGAUCCAGCAGGCGUCCUGCAGGAGUCGGGGCGGUGCGGCAGCGUUGAUCCAUUGGAGGGGCGUUUUCAGUGGAGCCGUCAUCAUUGCGUCGGAGUGGAGUUGCCGUGGCAGCCCUGAUGGGGCGCAGGAGGACAGUCCCGACCCAGAGGUGGGUGAUGGGGCAGACCGCGGCCUGGAUGGAGACCCGGAGGGAGUGUGGAGUCCAGAUAUUGAGCAGAGUUUCCAGGAGGCCCUGGCCAUUUACCCCCCCUGUGGUCGCAGGAAAAUCAUCUUGUCAGAUGAGGGCAAGAUGUACGGUCGCAAUGAGCUAAUUGCUAGGUAUAUCAAGCUACGGACUGGGAAAACACGCACCAGAAAGCAGGUGUCUAGUCACAUUCAGGUUCUGGCGCGAAAGCGAGUUCGAGAAUACCAAACAAGCAUCAAGGUCUCUAGUCACCUGCAAGUCUUGGCCAAGAGAAAGUCUCGCGAAAUUCAGUCCAAGCUCAAGGCAAUGAACUUGGACCAGGCCUCAAAAGACAAAGCACUGCAGACAGUAGCCAACCUGUCAUCUGCUCAAAUAGUUUCUGCAAGUGUCAUGAAACCACAGACUCCUUUCUCUCCACCAGUCAGAUUUUGGCCCAGCCCAAUGCCAGGACAGCCUGGACACUCUCAGGAUAUCAAGCCUUUUGCACAGCCUCCGUACACUACACUACCAGCUCCUGUCCCUACACCCAUCAGUUAUGAGCCCCUGCCCCCUCCGCGGCCUGCAGCAAUAGCAGCCCCUGUUUGGCAAGACCGCACCAUCUCCUCGGCUAAGCUCCGGUUACUCGAGUAUUCUGCCUUCAUGGAGACCCAGCGUGAGAGGGAGACGUUCAAACAUCUUUUUGUGCACAUUGGGCCUUCAAACCCUGGCUACAACGACCCGGUGCUGGAGUCCAUAGAUAUAAGACAGAUCUAUGACAAGUUUUCUGAAAAAAAAGGUGGACUGAAGGAGCUCUAUGAAAAAGGGCCUCACAAUUCCUUUUUCCUGGUCAAGUUUUGGGCGGACCUGAGCAGCGACAUUGAGGAGGGCUCCAGUGUGUUCUAUGGUGUAAGCAGUCAGUACAGCGGAACAGAAAACAUCAGCAUUAGUGUUUCAACCAAAGUUUGUUCUUUUGGAAAACAAGUUGUGGAAAAAGUGGAGACUGAAUACGCUCGCUUAGAAGGAGGGAAAUAUGUUUUUCGAAUAAAUCGCUCGCCCAUGUGUGAAUAUAUGAUCAACUUCAUCCACAAACUGAAACACUUACCGGAGAAAUACAUGAUGAACAGUGUGCUGGAGAACUUUACGAUCUUACAGGUUGUGUCAAAUAGAGAGACCCAAGAGACUUUGCUGUGCAUUGCCUUUGUUUUUGAAGUUUCUACUAGUGAACAUGGAGCACAGUAUCAUGUCUAUCGAUUAAAGCGGUGCGGGUUUCUGUUGUGUCUGUGGCGCAAACGCGGCGUGGCGUUGUUCUGCCCCGGCGGCCCCUCCUCUCGCACCUGUGAGUGUGAGGUGGUUGUCUCACCCUCCCCCGCUCCACCCCCCUCCUGUAAGGCGCGGUCCCGGGGUGGAGCGCUCUGCUCUGGGAACUUUCCGUCUAUCUGCAUACUUGGCACAAGCGCUGCAUACGUUACUGUGUUCAUUUCGUCUGAUCUUCCGUAUUCAUCCACACGCUUGACAUUGGGAAGGUGCGCUCCAGGGAAAAUGAUGGCCCCUGAGCCGCUGAAAUCAGCGAUGACCAUUGGAAACUCAGAGGACACUUCUCUGGCGCUGCCCACGGACACCACAAUGCGCUCUGGACAAGCGCGCGUCCUCAACCAGGUGCACACCAUCAAGAGGAGCAAGUCUAAGCCAGGGAAGACCAGCCCUGUGUCUCCAUCAUCGCCUACAAGUAUGACGUCAUGGGGGCUCUCAGAAACGGGGUCUCUUGGAACAUUUAAGUUCGCACCAUUUAAAACAAAUGCCAACUUUGGUCGAAGCAACUCUGCUAUGACGACCUACAACAAAAAGAUGCAUUCUCAGAGAUCACGCACAUUGUCCACAAAGUCCAUUGGGGGCAGGUUCAUCAGCUCCUCUGGUACCAGCGAGCAACAGACCAUUCCAACCAACUGGGCUCCCAAUGGUCUGAAGCCCAGCCGCAGUGACCCAGCUCUGGCACCGCCUUUGUCUGUACAUGUACAAUCAAACGGCAUGAGAGCCAAAGGCCAGAUUCCUUCCCAACAAACCAGAGUGAGCAGACACAGCACCUACUCUUUAACUAACGGAGGACAGACAACCUCCAGCCAGACCCGCAUGGGCCGCCCUCCCUCUGCCCAGUCCAAUACUGAGGCCAAAAUCACCAAGACCAAUAAGUCGGAGCAGAAAACUGUUGUUACAGAGACAAUGAAUACAUCAGAUAUGACUCUGGAGGAGGCUGUAGAGUAUCUGUCUCAUCAAGACGAAAAUCGUCAACUUUGUGGAGCCACCUUUAUUCAACACUGCACCUUCAAAGAAGAAAAGGCCAAAGAAGAGGUUUACCAGUUGGGCGGUAUCCCUCUUCUUGUCGGUUUGUUACGGAGUGCCAAUCCUGAGGUGUGCCGGGCAGCUGCCGGGGCCCUCAGGAACCUGGUGUUCAAAAACCAGGCCAACAAACUGGAGGUUCAGAAAUGUGAGGGCAUCGGGAAGGCCCUGCAGCUGCUCAAAGAAACCAACUCCACAGAGACCCAGAAGCAAAUCACAGGCCUGCUUUGGAACCUGUCCUCAUCGGAUGAGUUGAAGACAGAACUUAUUGCAACAGCGCUGCCUGUUUUGACUAAUAAUGUGAUCGAGCCAUUCACCUGUUGGUCAGAUAACUCGGCCAACAAUAACAUACACCCGGAUGUCUUCUACAACGCCACAGGCUGCCUGAGGAACUUAAGUUGUGCCCAAAAAAAAGAAAGAGACUCGAUGAGAAAGUGCCCUGGCCUUAUCGAUGCUCUGGUCAGCUACACUCGGUCCUGUGUGGCCGAGGAAAACCCAGAUGACCAGUCUGUGGAGAACUCGACAUGUAUCCUCCAUAAUUUGAGCUACCAACUGGAGAUGGAGGCCCGUGAGUGCUUCUCUAAUUACUACCCUCAGGAAGGAGCCCAGAAGAAAUCCUCCUCCACAACAGGAUGCUUUAGUCCCAAGAGCAGCAAAGCCCAAAAAGAAUUUUCAUUUGAUCAUAAACCAGACAGUGCCCUUUCGGGGAUAAUGUGGCUGAACCAUCCUAAAACCAUGCAGACAUACCUCUCUCUUUUGGGCUUGUCCCAGAACAACGGCACCUUGGAAGCCUGCUGCGGUGCGCUACAGAAUUUGACAGCAAGUCGGGACCUGGGGUCGGAUGCCAUGAGUCAGAUUUUGGUUCAAAAGCUUGGGGUCUUACAGUACAUAACCCCUUUGAUGAAAUCAUCUGAUCCGAACGUGAAGAAGACAGCUAUUUCUUUACUAAGCAACCUGUCCAGAACGGGCUGGCUUCAGUCAUCCAUGGCCAAGCAGAUUCUGCCCGAGCUCACAGGCAAUCUGACCAGUGGACCUCGAAAUAUGGGAUACUCCGAUGAGACGACAGCUUUAGUGUGUAACAUGGUGCAGAGCCUGAUGGCGGCCGACUCCGAAGCCGGAAAGAAGGCCCUCAGUGUAGACUUCAUAUCAGCAGUGGCGGAUCUCAGUGAAGACGUGUCCUACCAAAAAGGCAGCAAAGCAGCUGCAGCCCUGCUCUACAGUUUAUGGAAUGAUAAGAGUCUCCAGGGAGCUCUUAAAAAGAUGGAUUUUAACAAAGCACUUUUUGUCAAUGAAAACACAACAGCUGUUCACAAGUCUAUGCAGGUCAUCGAGUAA